CUGCGAUUUUUGGGCUCCUGUGAAGUUCGAUUUUGAAGAUGUGACACUUUUAUAAAUUCAAUAGACCAGGCAUAAAAAUCGGCUCUUCCUUUUUGUUAAAUACCUACUUAACCUCUUGAUACUCCCCCUCCUUUAGACUCGAGUACAUUGUACCUUUUGUCAGGAUCAACACGCAAAAAUGGUCGAAAAGGUCUACGUAACGUACAAUGAGAUCCAUAAACUGUGCCAGACAUCGGCGCCCAAGAUCCUCCAAGAUUUCCAGCCGAAUCUCAUGAUCGCAAUCGGAGGUGGUGGUUAUGUUCCUGCACGAAUCCUACGAUCAUUCCUGAAGCAGCCAGGCGCUCCCAACAUCCCCAUCCAGGCCAUCGGUCUCUCCCUCUACGAACAGCUCCCCAACGCCGGACCCGUUGAGGCUCCAGGCACAAAAGUCACUCGGACACAAUGGCUCGACCUUUCGUCCCUCGAGAUGUCCAACCUCAUCGGCAAGAACGUCUUGAUCGUCGACGAAGUGGAUGACACCCGAACGACUUUGGAAUACGCGGUCAAGGAACUAGAAAAGGACGUCGAACUGGCCAGGCAACAGCAAGGCAGGACCGAAAAGACAAAAUUCUCCAUUUUCGUGCUGCAUAACAAGGACAAGGUCAAGAAGGGACAGCUCCCGGAAGACAUGGUCGAUGAGAACCGGUAUCUCGCAGCCGUCACCGUCCCCGACGUUUGGAUCUGCUAUCCCUGGGAGGCGACUGACAUUGACGAGCAUGAUCAGUUGGCUGCUCGAGGCACCAAAUAGGUUUUUGGGAUCGUUAGGUAUCUAGUUUCGUUUUCUGGUUUUCCCUUCCUUUUUUUCUGGAGAGGCUAGGAAUGGCAUACAACAAAACACAUGACC